AUGGUCGGCUCCACCCCUUCCACCCCACCUGCUUCUCCCACAAAAUCGGACCCCAAACUACAUCCAGCCUCUACCGUCACAAACAUAAAGAACCUAAUCCCCAUUCUUCUUGAUAUGGAGACAGCUUUCAAAGUCAUCGACCAUCUCAAACCUAAACCCGCUGCCUCCUCCUCCUCCACCGAAAAACCCCAUGUCGAUGAAGAGUGGGACCGGCUUGAUGCCAUUGUGCUACAAUGGAUAUAUAGCACCAUCUCUAACGACAUACUCAACACCAUCAUCCGCCCUGGAAACACUGCCUACGAUGCCUGGUCAACAUUGGAAGGACUCUUUCAGGACAAUAAGAAUGCCCGUGCGAUUCACCUGAUGCAGCGAUUCACCACUACUCGUCUCGACAGUUUCCCCAACAUGUCGGCAUACUGUCAUGCUAUCAAGUCUCUUGCUGAUCAACUGGCCAAUGUCGGAGCACCGUUAGAUAACAAACGACUCGUACUACACCUUCUUGCUGGUCUUACCGAUCAGUACGAAGGCAUAUCAACCAUUUUGCAACAAAAAGAUCCCACACCAACCUUCUACGAGGCACGGUCCCAACUAUGUCUGAUCGAAAGUCAAAAGGCCGAAAAAGCACUAUACGCUGCAACUGCCGCCAAUCACGCCCUCACUGCCACUAACAGAAAACCGCCACCCCCUGCCAAUCAUGCUCAGCCGCCAUUGCUCUCAUCGCCGGCCUAUCAGCCGGACUCCAAUCAGGCUACUUCACGUGGCCGCGGCCGGUCUCGGGGUCGUGGCCGUGGCAGGUUUUCCGGGUCUCGCAGUCGCGGCCAGUCAUACAGCUCUUGGAACUCUCCGACCGCCUACACAUGGACCGCUCCCGCACCGCCGCCGUGGUUUCAAUGGUCUGCUUCCCCUCCGUGCCACUAUCCGACCACCGCAACACCUCAGUCACCCAACUCGGGCCAGGGAAUUCUAGGACCGCGACCACAUCAGGGACAUCAGGCAACUUACUCCCCAACUGAUAUUCAGCAGGCCCUCUAUACUAUGUCUCUACACCCACCCGAGUAUCAGCAUGGUGUUAUGGACACGGGAGCCACCAUCAGCAUGGACCCCAAUUCAGUUGAAUUUGACCAGUUUGGUUUUCUUGUGAAGGACUACAAGACCCGGACGCCUAUAUUCCGGUGCGACAGCAGCGGUGAUCUCUACACCUUUUCCUAG